GGAAACCACACCCUUCUCUGCUUGUACUAUAAAUCCGGUCUCUAAUUAUCGUAUCCACUGCAGCAGCUCUGCAUCACAAAAAUCAUCGGCGUCGGCGCAGACCAUCAGCGCGCCGCCAUCGACGCAGCAUCGGAGAUUACUGGCCACUCGCGAUAUCCCAUCGGCGCUGCUGCCAUGGGACUUCUUGACUUCUUAUCCGCCUUCUUUGGCGUGAUUUAUUUCGCGGCGUGGUCAGUGAGCUUUUAUCCGCAGCCGAUGCUCAAUCUUAGGCGCAAAUCCACGUCUGGGACCACGGUCGAUUUCCCCCUCAUCAACACCCUGGGUUUCACUGCCUACCUAACCUCCAACAUGGCCUUCUACUACUCGCCCUUGAUCCGUGCUCAGUACGCCGCCCGCUACAAGGGACUGACGCCCACUGUGAAAUUCAACGACAUCGCGUUUGCUGCUCAUGGCCUGCUACUGUCCGCUAUCACCACUAGCCAGUACUUCUAUGCCCGCGCAUGGGGGUUCGCCCCCAGCAUGGGGAGCCGACCCAGCCGCUUCAUCCUGAGCAUCUUCUUCGGCUGCGUAGUCGGGGCUGUCAUCAUCAUCUUAGUCAUCCUCGGCUCGCCCGACCGGGACAAUACUCGUGAGGGCGUCUCCUCGUGGAUCUGGCUGGAUGCCAUCUACGCCAUCUCCUACGUCAAGCUCCUCAUCACGCUCAUCAAGUACACGCCCCAAGUGAUUGUUAACUACCGCAACCGCUCCACCCAGGGCUGGAGCAUCCUGCAGAUCCUGCUCGACUUCACCGGCGGCAUCUUGAGCAUCGCCCAACAGUCCAUCGACAGCUAUCUCCAGCGCGACUGGUCUGGCAUCACCGGCAACCCCGUCAAGUUUGCCCUGGGAAAUGUGUCCAUGAUCUAUGACCUGGUCUUUAUGACUCAGCACUAUGUGCUCUAUCGGAACGCAGAUGGAAAGCCCCAGGAGGGCGAAUCGCUGCUGAGGGAAGACGAGGAGAUUCGGAUUUGACUGAUUCGCCGGCCAUGGGCUGGAGGAUGGCCGUGCCUUCUUUGGCUGAGGAAAACUGCUGUCAGUCUCUGAGGCAGGCGCAAGGGCG